AUGUUCAGCCUCGAUCGGGAAUUGGCUGAAGUUAAAAUGUCUGCGGUCACUUCUCGAUUUGUAUACAUUUCGAGGCAUCGCCUGGAUAUCAUAAACAGGGUCAAGGGUGGUGAGGUUCUGUCACUUGUGUUAGAUGUUCAGGAUGAUGUAAACAGACCCCGUAAGUUCCCUACAUAUCUCAUCACUCGAUAUCCUGUGGAUGUAGACCCUUCAUUAGCUAAGGAACUGGAAGGGGUGCACACUGUACGUCGUUUCCUACAGGAUGGGAAGUCCAUCAAUCGUAUUGUCAUUACUUGGAGCCACCCAGAUCCAACCCCGCCUUUUGUUAACUUCUCCUUCCUCCCUUGUCUACCAUCAUGUGAACUACGCAGAAUGCCAGACGAAAAGCCGUGGUGCUUCAAAUGCUGGGGUAUCGGUCACAUCUCACGAUACUGUGCUGCCCCUGAAAAGUGUGCAUUUUGUGCUGCUGAGCAUGACAGUCGGACCUGCCCUCAUCGUUCUUCGGCAUCAACAUCAAGCUCAUUACCUCUACCUACACCGGACUCCUCGCAUUGGAAAUGCCCGAGAUGUAAUGAGCCUGGAGUCAAUGUGUGGCAUGGCUGUACCAGGCGUUCAGGCUCUGCAUCGAACCAGCUUAUUGCACAACAGCUUCCAGUGCCAUCAAUCAAACCCACUGUUACUGCCUCCUCACAAGUGACUACACUUCGUAAUGCUGUAGAUGUCCUCAAGUCUCGGUGUGACUCCCUUACAUCACGUUUUGAAGCCAUUGAAUCUCGUUUAGAGAGCAUGGACACUCGCAUCGACAGUCUCGUAACCUCCUUUGACAAUCUAACUUCUAAAUUUGCUACUAAUGAUAACACACUACAAUCUCUUGUUGAAGCUCAGCAGGUUGUUAUCACAUCAGUUACUACACUCACUGAGAAACUUGACUCACUUGCUACACGUCUGGAGAGUGUUACUAAUCCCCAUACAGGACCAUUGCCACGUGAUACACCACCAAUUCAUACCGGUGUUACCACUGCCUCUUUAUCUAGUCGCCGUUCUUCCAAGGGACAUGUUCGAUAACCAAGUAAAGCUUAAUAUCAUCUCAUGGAAUGCCUGUGGUAUUACAAACUGGGCAAAACUUUCUGCACUUAAGGGAAUUGUACAUAGUCACCACCCAGAUGUUAUUCUAAUUCAGGAAGCUUUUGUUGGUAAUGCUCAGCCAAGGGAAGAAGCUCCCUCGCUCACUGGCUAUGUGUCCUACGUCCAUUUAGUAAGACAUGGCCUCAUCACCUAUAUACGCACUUCAAUUCAGCAUAGACCUCUCCCAAACUCUGAGGAUGAAGAUACAACAUUUCAAUUAUUUGAGAUUACUGUUGGCGGAGGCACCAUACGACUGUGCAAUGUAUAUGCAGCACCAGGUAGGAUAAAUACAACCAAGCUUCCAGCCCCAACCCUUCGUGGUAUGGUUUACAUGGGAGAUUUUAAUGCCCGUCAUCCAGACUUGGGAGAUCUUGCUGGCACUGUGAACCGCAACGGGAACCUACUUCUAGGAUACAUUCGUCGAAAUCAACUGACCCGUUGGGACACUGGUGGAUCUACGCAUGCACGAGGUGGUACUUUGGAUCACAUCUUGACCUGUGGACUUGUACCUUCCCGAGUCAAUUGUGUAACGGUUCCUACGCUCUUCUCUGAUCACAUUGGUCUCAGCAUCCAAUAUUCCCUUCCCGCUACACCUACUCCAAUGCACAAUCGCACUUGCAUCACAAUUCCGCCUAAGUACCAGCCUACGUACAUUUCAUAUAUGACUAACCUUCGACCCACAUUUGACCUCCACUGUCCGGAGAAACUUUACUCCUUACUUGUUAGUACCACACAUGCUUUCCACACACAAUAUAUCAGAAAGCCUCAUAUCAGGCAUCGUGUUGGUGCUAUGACACUGGAUAAUCGAAUUUCUCAGGCAGAAAAGAAGGCGAUGGAUGAUGGCCUUGCCUUUAUGAGACAACCAAGUCCUGAGACUCUGCACCAGUAUCAACUAUCGAGAGAUGAUCUAGUUGCUCUACAGCAAUGUGUUCAAACAGAUUCCUGGCACAAAUUAACAGACAGCAUCAACCAUCAAACAAGCAUCGGUUCCAUGUGGCACCUCAUCAACAGGAUUGUGAAGAAGAAACUCCCAAGUGUCCUCCACCACAGCCCUGCUCAGUAUGCACAGGACCUUAUUGAUGAGUGGUCAGCACAGUCACGAACCAUCAACCUUCCAGCUCAUAUACAAGACUCUCUCUCUUCACAUAAAAACCAUCGUGCCUUACGUCUCAGUUCCGCCUUACUAAGCAGUGAUGAAGAGGACGAUGUACCCAUAACUAAGGGAGAGCUACGACGUGCCUUAGCAAGGAGUAAGAAGUCAGCUCCUGGUGAUGAUGGCAUCUCCUAUGCAGU